UUUUUCAAGCUGCAAUGUUAUUCACAGUCUAAUAGCACUGAUAGAUCAUAGGAGUAUAUCCAUGCCGCUCAGUCUUGAUGUUGUCUACCAGGCCAUCGCACAAUCAGCAGAAACCAUUCUUCUCUGAAAGUGUUGACAAAUCAAAACCAAAGGCUUCAUCGGCUUCUUCGAAAAAAACUAGCAAGAAAAGGCAAGAAGAAAAACGUGUGCAGUCUUCACCGAGCGAAGGGAGAACUGUAAACUUAAGCGUACAAGAGAUCGUAAGUAUAAAAAACUUUGUUUUUCAUUAGUUUUAAUACGACAAGCUACAACAGCUGAGAGCAUCUUUUUUUUAGUUUUUAAGUAAAACAGAAAGUGGAGAAAAUCUACACCUGCCAAGAGUAACUGUGUUGGUAAAAAUUGUUAAGGCGUUAUAGUAAUCGGAUUUUUCCAUUCUCUUUCAUAAUUUUCAGCUUGACAGAUGUAAUGAAUCUGACUGUCGACAAGUAUUUGAAAUCAACUUGAAUGGACAAGCACUGGAACAAAUUCCAAGCCUAAAAGAGGUCAGAAUGUAGACAGAUUCAUUCAAUUCACUUACCACGAAGGGGAUUUGCGACUGUUGAGUCGGUUGAAUAGCAAGCAGCCAGAUUCGUGUGUAACAACUAUUACAGUUCCAUUUAAGUGUGUCUUCCUUAGCCCAUUUUACAGUUAUGGAAAUGGUCCUGGAGUUGACGUUGUUUUGAUACAACCCUUGCAGCUUUGUUGUGUACAUGUAAAUCAUGUUGUUCUCAUGCUUACUAAUAUUUCCCUAGCAUAUGUACAUUUCCACAAGAAAACAAAAGAGGUUUGUGUUAAAACAAGGUCAAUCUCAGCCUUACAUUCAUUCGAAGGCAGGAGUACUAAUCCCACAACUUUGAAAUGGUCUAUUAUCACUUGGUCUAUUAUCACUGCAAGAACAAAGAACACCUAAUUGAUCUCUCACUUUUUUUUUCUAAGAUCCUGUAUAAUUUAGUCACUUUGCCCUUUCCUAGUGAAUAAAAUAUUGUCUUUUUUAAGAGAUACAUUACCUCCUGUUCCAGGAAGUCCCAUAGUACAACAUACAACCUUUAACCUGUGUUUGUUAAUUCCUACAAGUCAGAUUCGUUUUUGCUAGGGAAUACAAGUUGUGGACCAGUGUAGCUGUUUGUCUGUUGUUGAAGACCACAGUUAAAAGUUAUUUGUCUUCUACUGGCCAUAUUAUGAUCAUAUUACCGCAAUGAGCCUGUGCUAUUGUGUAAUUAAAGUGAUUAAAGAUUAAAGAUAAGAAUGUACCUCAUUACAUGAAUUUUUGGCAACACUUUAAAAAAGUAAAAUGGACCAAAAUUAAGUGUCACUAAAUUUAAAUCAUUGCUAAAUUAAAGUACCGUAAAAAUCCGAAAAUAAGCCCAUCCAUGUAUAAGCCCCUCCAAAUAUAAGCCCCCCGGGGGCUUGUACUGGAAAUUGCCGUCAAAUACAAAGUAAAACAAAGCAAAAACGGUAAAUUUACUUCCAACUAUAAGGCCAGCCAAAUCGAUUUUGAAACGCAAAUUUCUCUCCGUAGAUAAGCCCCUCCGAAUAUAAGCCCCUCCAAAAAUAAGCCGCUCAAAAAGGGUCUUUGAAAAAUACAAACCCCGGGGCUUAUUUUCGGAAUUUUACGGUAACUCCAAUAUGAAUAUCUGCCAUCUUGUCAGUUUCACGCGCAUAUGCUCUAUGACGGUUGAUUAUGGCUUGUAUCAUUGACUCAGUCAACUUUUCGUUAAGGUCUUGCCACUUUUGGUUGCUCAUAUUUCAUUCUUGCUUGGUUGCAGUUUUGUUUGUCUCAUUCAAAUUUAAGUUUUAGACAGUUGAACUUUGUGUGAUUUGAUUUAAAUAAAGCUAUUGAUGUUAUGAUUUACAAACAAUACUAAUACUACUUUGCAUCACAAACAUUCCAUGAAGUAGCUAACUCUGACAUGUAUCAGAGAUCGGGUUUUUCUGGAAAUUCUUCCUUAUACACUGUAGCUGAAACAAAGACAAACAUGUUUUUGUCUAAUUUUAUUUUAUAUCUUUGCAGUUUCCAAAGUUAAAAAUUCUUGACAUUGGAUGCAACAGGUUGAAGCAAGUAUUGCCUCAUGAUUUAGAAAAGAAUUCUGUAAGUUUUAAAGCCUUUUUUUGCUGUCUGACUUGCAUGAAAUGAGGGAUGGAUUGCACUGCAUUCUUGACACUUGAUCAACUUCUGAUAACUUCUUCUUAAGUCACAGUUCUCACAAGUACUGGAUAAAAUUUUUGGUCAUUGUCAUUAGAAGGUUCUCAACGGUUUGAAUACAACUUAUAAAUUGUUCAUUCAUAGUUGCAUUUCAGUAUGACAUUUGUACUGUGCUGUCUAAGAUGUAUACCUCUAUCCACAUUUCUCAUGCUUAAACGUAGCUUUGUGAACUUCAUUUCAUUGUUAAUAGCAAGGCUAUGUUUUUGACACAGGAUCUUCGAGAGCUGAAGCUUUAUGCAAAUAAUAUUACAGAAAUCACAGGGUUAGAUAGGUAAGAUGUAGCUACAUGUAGGUACUAUAAAAUUAAUGAUCUAAUCGAUUCCCAUACUCGAGUAAACUAAAUGCCUCCCUUACACAUUAAAGUUUGUUCGUGACGCCCCUCUUCAAUAAUCGCCUCCUUGGACAAUAAUAUUUACUUGAAAAUACUAGGAAAUAGCAAAAAGAAGCUAAAUCAUCUAUUUUAUUCAGUUUCUACCCUGAUUAACAAAGGUUGCAUAUACAGUGUCUUGUUCAAUGUCAAGUUGAAAGAAAAGAUAGGGUAAUGAUGACAACAAAGUGACCCUGAAUGAGGAUUCCGACACCAAGGUUGAGAUUUAAAGGGUGAUAUGGAUCUGUAGAUGGCCUAUACAUGUCAAUGGAUUGACUAGGUAUUUUGCUAUUUAUAAACUCUAUUGAUAUUUUUCUCUGAAAGCAUUGGCAUUUUUCUUCCCUUUCUAUAGCUGCAAAGAGCUAAAUAACCUUCUGUUGCAGCAUAACAAGAUAAAGUGCAUUGGUAAGCAUCUUCGUUUUUUGUCAAUUAAUAUAUUAAUAUAUUCUUAUUAUUUUGUUUUAUAGAACAGCUUUGUUGAUUGCCCAUUUUUCUGUUUUUCUCAGGGAAAGGACUACAGCAUCUAAGAAAGCUAAAAGUGUUGCGGCUUGACAGCAACCGUCUUUCCAAGAUAGAUCACAGAGAAAUUGGUUGCUGUUCUCAGCUAACUGUCCUUGACAUUAGCUGUAAUAACAUCACAGAUGUCUCUGUAAGUUCAUAAUUUGAAAAUAGGGAUAGCCACCAAAUGUCCCUUCAAAAUCUGUUUACUUAAAGGGGCUAUGUCACGAUAUUUGCAAUUUUUUUUGAGAAGCUAAAACUCUUUUUGCAUUAAUAGAAUUGCAAAAAUAAUGGUCCAGUUUUGUUAUUCAAGACUUAUAGUUAGGUAUUGAAACUGUUUCCUGUCUUCUGUUGCAAUUGAUAGCAAGGAUGGACAUGGAUUGAAACUUGAAUAUGUUGGGCCAGUGUUUUCAAGUUUUAAUGCUAUGCAAGGAAAAAUGUUGAAAUUUGUUCGAUAUCUUCUUCAAACUCUUCAGGAGCAUUUUGUGCCUGGCUAAAGGCACUGAGUGAGUACUUAAAAACAGACAUGACCUAAUACAGCAAUAGCAUAGUUAUCCUUUUGACAUAGCUCCUUUAAGAAACAGAUAAUGUAAAAUGUUUUCUGUUUGUAGGCCCUGAAUUCACUUCCUGCACUUGAGGAGCUUGAUUUGUCAAAUAACAAAAUCACCAAAAUUCCUGACAUUGGAAGAUGCAAGAAGGUAAGGGGCAAGCAGUAUCAUUUUUCGGUUCCAAGAAGAUGAUUUAGUCUUUAGAAACAGUUUUGAUGUCAGUGCAAACAAUGUAUUUAUUGAGUUUGAGGAGGGGAAUAGGUCUUUUCUGUGUUGCUUGAAGCCUCUGUUUCAAAGUGAGGCUAAGCACAAAGUUUAAAAGUGAUAUGAAAAUGAUUUUUUAUUUUCAUGUAAAUAAAUCUCAUUUUUACAAGAAAGGUUUUGCUUUUAGCCUCGUUUUAAAAUUGGGAGUUAUGGAACUCUAAAAAAUGGCUUAUCAGUAUUGUCAUUGGUAAUGAAUUUUAAAUGAUAGGUUAGUUACACCUAAUUGCAGUAACGUUGUCCUAAAAAAUGAAAAAAGGAAAAAGCCAAAUAGGAAUUAAUUUUUUAGGCUAAUCAAGCCACAUUCUCAGGGUGGAUUCAUUUACAGCCGUUGCAUUUCCCCGCUGGAAUGUUUUUUUAUUGUUUUUUAGCUUUAAAACAAUAGCAAAUUCCAACAGGCAAGUACGACAUCCAUGUGCGAAUGCUGCAAAUGAAUUCAUAAGGCUCAUUAGCAUAAUUAAUUCCCAUUUGGCUUUUUCCUUUUUCAUUUUUUCCAUGACAAUGUUUUUGCAAUUAGGUGUAAUUGCUUGUUCAUGAUAGUUAUGGAUCAUUCCAUACCAACUGCUUUAUAUAACUGGCACCAGUUGUUAAAAAUGCUGGAUAUCACCAUCAAGCGGAUUAGGUAAACCAAUUGCGCUAUCCGCUUGAUAUAGAUUUUAUCGAGUGGAUAGUGUUACCUACGCUUUGAACAACUGAGGUUUCACUGGUCUUUAUCAGGUGAUGAUGUUGUUUGCCUUUGAAUUAUUAGAAUUGAUUUCACACUUUGAUCUAUUUCUUGCAGAUUCAAGAACUGGACAUAUCAAGAAAUCACAUUUCAGACUUAGCUGGCUUACGAGGUCUCUCUAAUCUCACUGUAAGUAUUCCAUGUAUUCAGCAGCUUAUUUACAUUGUAUGACAAACUGAGUGAUUUAGGAGCUGCAUUCAUAAAAUCCUGCUAAGCCCUAAUAAUAAUAAUAAUAAUAAUAACUGCUCAGAACUGAGAAUAGAGUGGAGUAUGGAACAUGGAAUGUGGUGAUUGGUGCCCCUGGCUUCAUUCCUGAGAAUUAGCAUCGUCACCUUGAAAGUUGAGGGAUUAAAGUGCAUACAUCUCGACAUUGCAGAAAUCAGCACUACUUGGUACAGCUAAUAUGUGAAAGGUGCUUUCUGUCUGAGGUCAUUGACUUGAUAGAGAGAACAAUAAUUUAUGACGAGCUCCAGUACCAAUGUUUACUUUGAGAAAUAUAGGAUACUAUAGAAAACAAAAAUGAAAAAUAAUGAAAAAAUAUUCUAUAACAAUCAACAUAUUUGAAAGAAGCAAUUACAUGUACAUUUGAAAUGAUUCACGUCCGCAAUAUGGAAAUUUUUUGGGAAAUUUUUUGUCAUCCGUGGCAAAAAAAUAGACAGAGAGCUGAUUCACAAGCUAAAAAAGACACAGAACAUGAAAAUGACACGAGUGCCUAAAAGCACACUUUCACACUUGUAUGUUAUUUGCUCAUCAUUUUGAAUUCAUGCUAAUUAUUAAUAUAUUAAUAUUCUUUUCAGAUUUUGAGGAUAGAAAACAAUGACAUAACUUCGCUUGAUUCCUUAGGAAAAUUAAGGUACAAAAAAUAAAUGGUCUUUAAUUGAGUGUCAAGGUAUUUAGCAUGAAAGUACCAAUUGGGGACACCAUUUUUACGUCUCUAACUGGAGACGGGACCGCCAUUUUACAUGGUCAUCCGAGCCACGCAGAGGUCUAGCGGCUUGCAGUGCAGAGGGAGUGCCUUUAUUUCUCAGUUACUUUCACUAAAAGUAACUGAGAAAUGAAGUCUUGAAGACCCUGAGUAUUGGUCCGGCUGCGGAAAUCAAACCAGUGAGCUCCCGUUCUGAAGUAAAGCGGUCUACCGACUGAGCUAGUCCGGCCGCGGCCAAAUACAUGUAAUUACUUGGCAGAUUUAACAAUUAAUACAACGUGAUGACAGUUGACAGCACACUGAAAUCUGAAAACUGACUUGGCCAAUUGGCAGAGCAGAAAAUACAAAAGCGAAGGAGAGGUUCAGUCUUUUCCGCAUGCUUCUGGGUUCUUAUUUGACGAUUAAUUUUGUUAUGGGUUACUGUAUUAAUUUUUGUAUUGUUGAUCUUAGAUUUAUGGAUGUAUUUAAAACAGUUUUGUGAUAAAUUCUGUUUAUUUUGAAUUUUUUUCUUGCAGAUGUCUACAGGAGUUGUAUUUAGGUAACAACUCAAUAUCAGCAGUCAAGGUAAGGCUAAUUUCCAGUGAAAUACAGUGUCCUCACUAAGGUUUCUUUUCUCAGAUAUUCCCGUUAUUCUUACUAACCCCUAAUUUCUAUUGACUUUAUAUACCAAAGAGAGCCCUCAACAGGCCACAAAGGUAGUAUAUUGCCCUUUUAAGUUUGUCGACUUUUAAGAAUCACCCUUUCUUUACAUAAGUGAGAGUGUGGUCAACCUGUUUAAAGAAAACAAAGUGUCAUGUCAUUCUCAAGCCAAUUAUUUUUAAGAACCACAUACGGUAUUUCCUCGAAUAAUAGCUGUCCCUCGAAUAAUCGCCUCCCUUUGACGGAAAAAUAUAAAAUAAUCGCACUUACACCCCUUUCACCCCCUUCUCUUCUUUUCCCCCUCCCUGUCAAGGUACAAUUGACUCCUGGGAUAACAAACAAACUUCCUUAACUGAUUGUUUACAACUGGAUAGUGACAAAACUGAUCAGUGAUGACUCAAGCUCUGACACCGAGGAUAUUGAAAUUGAAAAUUAAUCAAGGAAACAACUUUGGAACACUUUAAAAGCCUAUGUGCAGGUUAUUUAAUGUGGUUAGUUUUGAUAAGUAACGGGUUCAUAUAAAAGCAAAAAUAUUUAGUGCACGACUUCCAACGUGUAUUUGAAAUAAUGGCCUCCCUCAAAUAAUCGCCCCCUUUAGGCAUGAAAAAAUCAAUAAUCUCCCCGGCUAUUAUUCGAGGAAAUACAGUAUUCUUUAUUCUUUGCACGCCUUGAGUUUAAUUCAAGUAUUAGUUUCUUUUUUUAAUAUUUUUUGGUUGUAGUCCUUUCCGAGCCAGUUUCCUUGUCUGGAGAUUUUGGACCUAUCACACAAUGCCAUCAAAACUGUGGACGAAAUGGUAAUUGCUCCACAAUCAGCUUAUAAAGUUGCUUUAUUCAUGUAAGAAAUUUGUCCCUGGAGUCUUUGCCCUUAACUUAUUGCACACUCGUUGUUUUCUUUUACUUUUUUUGUGUCAGUUUGUAUUUUCGGAUAUUUCUACUCUUGUUGAGCUGACUGUGAUUGGUAAGUAAGAUCAUUCAGUUAUCUGUGUUUAUUUUAUACAAUUUUACAUAGCCUAACCUUUUUUCAGGUAUUCGCGACAUAGCCAUUGAAAGUAUCUUGAAUGUUUCGUAAUGUCUACUUGACCCUGGAAAAAAGGCUUUAAGAGCAUAACAGAAGUUCUAUGUGAAUCACAAGUGACAUUUGGAAAAGCAGUGCUUUCUUUUAAUAAAUCUUCAAGUUUGGUUCAUCUUAGGAAAAGUUCGUCGUUUGGCCUAGGCCUUAAACUUCUUAACUGUACUCUUGGUUUUUCAAUUUUUUCAGGAAAUCCUUGUGAAAGUAAGGAUGAAAUCAGGUAAGGGACUUCACUCUGAAACCUGUGAAUAUGAUUGCGGCUACGCACACCAUGGGAAAAGCAAUUCCUGUGGUACAUUCAUUGCAAUUCUUUUAUGGCGGUUGUUUUUUCUUAUGUUUAUCAAGCUUGUUUCCGGCAGUACUCGCCACAUGCAGUGCAACUUUUAAUGCAGAAAAUUUUAUACCCACCCCACCACAAGUUACUUUGCACAAGCAUCACACUUUUUUGUACAUUUCUUAGCUGGCACUGCAUGACUACGAUGUGAAAUUUUCUAAUUUCACAUUAUGCAAUAGGUUUAAUGAGCAAAACAACAACUCUGCACAUGCAUGGCACUUUUUGGUAAAUUUUUUUGCUGUCCCUGCACAACAACGACGUAAAAUGACCAAAUUUUAAGUUUAUUUGAGAACGGGGACGGCAAGGCAAUAAUUAUAUUUUACCAUCUCUGUCUAUAAACUUGGGCGCGGUCCCCUCUCUUCAGCUCCAACCAAAAUGCCCUUCUUUUAAGUAACAGGGCGAAUUGGGAUAAUCGCGGAAAAGUUUAAAAGGAUGCGAAGUCUAUUAUUUAGCGACGUUUUCAUGGACGUCGGCAUUGUCGGAUUGUAAGGCCCCUAUUACGUGUGAACUACUUUUGUCUGAGUUUAUUGUGAUUGGCUGUUUUUAAAAAAAGAUCACUGAUAGUUAACUACAUUUUUACCCAGUUUUUUCUCUCUCUCUGCCUUUCAGCUAUCAUCGUAGAAUAUCUCAAAACAUACCUUCACUGGAAAUCCUUGAUAAGGUAGUUACUAUGCUAAGGGGGUUAAUCCAGAUUUAGCUUAAGUUUAGGAUAAUCCUUUAUGUCAUAGUUUGUUCAUUGAAUGCUUAUCCAGACUGCAUGAUUCGGUUAACUGCAAACUGCCUUAGUUUAUGCAAGUGCACCUUCCUCAUAAAGUGCACCAUAUUUUGCACAACAGAAAAGUGCUUGAUGAACAAUGAAAAAUGACAGAGAUUACAAUGCACUAAGGACAAACUCAACUAGCAAUGAGACAUGGUAAUCAAUUUGCAUUAGCUAUUAAAAACAAAACCCCAACUGUCUGCAGAAGACAAACCAAAUGGCUAAGGGGAGCAAGGGCGGUGCACUGAUGAGAGCAUUCGCCUGCCACCAAUGUGGCCCAGGUUCAAAUCCCAGUGUCAACGCCAUCUGUGGGUUGAGUUUGUUGUUGGUUCUCUCCCUUGCUGCUCUCUGGGUAUCGCGGUUUUCUGCUGUCCUCAAAAGACCAUUCUACAUUUCCAAAUUCCAAUUCGACAAAAAAUCAGGUUGACGAAUAACCUCUUAGUGGAUGUUCUACAUCUAAAUCGUUAUUUAUUUAUCUAAUUACAAAGGUGGCUGAUGAGUUGAACUAUUAGGGACUUCCGGGAAGGAAAUUGAGCUUGUGUUCAGUGCAGAACUUGAACUCGUGACUUCCGGAUUGCAUCUCCGAUGCACCCAGCGCUUGGCCAUGCUGCCGGCCUCCCUUGCACCGCAUGUUAGACAACAGGCAAAACAAAAAAAGAUUUUAAAAAACGAGAAGUUUCUUAGGCUAAGCUACAUCAGAAAGGUAAUCAGUUCUUUUGGUAAUAUUAUGAUCGACAGGUGUCACUCAAGAGACCCAGCACAGGUCAUUCACGUGUACAACCCCCCAUGAGACCAAUGUCUGCAUUACAGGGUCAGUUGAUUUCUUUUGUUCAGUUGUUUGUUUUUUUUUUUGUUUGUUUGAGGACAGGCUGUGAUAUAUAGUGGACAAGAAUGUUCUCAUGGUAUCACUUAGUAAGGGUGGCAGAAAAGUGGCAGAAGAUUAUUGUAAAGAAAUUCCAACAAAUUUUUGUCGGUAUAUUGGACUCAUCACUUGUGUUUUUGAACUGCUGUGAACCAUCGCUGCGUGUCCCUUCUUUUAUCAUCGUAUUGUCUUUUACCGUUCGUAGUUUUGAGUGCCAAACAAGUAGAAGAGCAAAUAAAAGCAACACUGCUUGAACAGGAGUCGUUUGAGGCUUCCAUUGCAUCACGGUGAGUGUAAUUCUUUUUCACGAACACACUUCACUUCUCAAAACUGAAGAGUAAAAAAUGCAAUCUGAUCAAAUCAAGUUCAAAGGUGCUGAGUAAAGGUUGGCUAGUUCAUUUUUCAAUCAGUGAUUCGCUAUCCGAUUAUGGACCUCAGCUUUAGUGAAGUAACUACUUGUUAAUAUCAAAUCACAGCUUUGUGAAAAACAAAUGUGUCCGCCAAGGAUCAUGUCAAUCGUUACAAAGAACAAAAAUGAACAUUGAAAAACUGAUAGGCUAACACGUUUUCAAAAGCCACAAUUUCAAUCUUUUUUGAUAUUCUUUAAAGUUUGUCCACCCGUGCCUUGUGGUUGUAUUUCUUGCGUUACCUUCCAUUAAUAUUUUGAGUGGUCAUUUAAAACAUGAAAAACAAUUUGGCAGUAGUUCUCUUAGCACCAGGUGUCAAUCUCCCGCUUUUUUUAAUUCCAGCCCCAAACCCCCCCGCUGCUCGUUGCCGGGUUUCAUGUUGUGUAUUCGAGUUCUGAUCAAUUCUGACUCUCUUUUCAGAUUUAGCAUUGUGAAAGAUCUGGUUGAAUCCUUGCCUUCAGAGUUAAAAUCUCAGUCGCGAAACGGGCCGUUACCAGGUAGAAAAACAAGCUUUUCACCAGGCAUACAUCACUCCCUUAUGGCUCCACCGAUACUGUUGUUCAGUUUUCUUAUUUCCUCUGAAAAAGUUAUGAUUUCUGAAAAAAGUUAUGUGUGAUAAUUUUUCUCUCGCCGUUCAAAUUCAGUCAAACCCCAUUUUAUGGACUCUGAGGGGGCCGUAGAAAGUGUCCAUAUUAAUGGCUGGGGCAGGAUACCCGUAUACCAUUUAAUGAUCGAUUAAGCCUUGCGGUGCUUAUUUUAUUUCCAUUUUCCCUGUUAUGGGUACGGCGCUUAUACAAGAGUGGUGCUUAUUUCAUCUACGGGUAAAACACUGAGGGGAAUAUAGGGAGAAUUAAGUGGUAUGCACAAUUUUAUACUAAUAGUAUAAAAUAUAAUAUAUACACCUUGAUCUGUUAUAUGAACCUGGUUUCAAGAGUUUCCCUACAUCAAAAAUUUAGAACUCAGGUCACGAGUUGGUCAAGUCUUAUUUCUCAAGUGAUAUCGAGCGCCGUAGCAAAGAUUAGGCGUUUAUUUGUAAAUACCCAAAUUAGUGCCACAGCACUUAUUUGAGAGUGACGCUUAUUAAAUUAUUUUCGGUAAAGGUGCGGCGGUUAUUCGAGAGUGGCGCUUAUUCGAUGAUUUACGGUAAAGCAGUUUGAAUUUACUGGAAAAUGUAACAGCUUUCUUUCCCCAGGGACAAAGCAGACUGUUCCAGGUGUCCACAUGAAACUGGUGUCCAUAAAGCGGGGUUUAACUGUAUGUGAAUUUCAUAUAUUCACUAUCACUGAUGUUUAUGCACGUUCUGUUUCAGAGCUGGGUGCAUUUGAUUUUAAUCCAGUGAAUGCAUCCAGACCGGGUACAGCAGGAGAUGGGAGCCGACCUACCAGUCGAUGUAGCAGGUGAGAGAAGGACCACAGGGAUUUGAAUAGCGUAUAGGCAUUUUUGGCUGAAAAGUAGGAGGAAAGAUGAACCAUUGUUAACUUUUACUUUUUUACAUUUUGUAUCUGUAGUCGAUCUAGAAUCGCCGAGGCCAGAGCAUUUGCGGCAGAACACUUUUAUACUAACCAGAGCUGAUGCUGGCCCCCAGCAAAAUCACAUCACAUCAUGAAAUAUAAAGGAGUGGAGUGGCCAUUAAAGACCUACGCAGACAUUUGUUUCACAUUAUCACAUCCCCCGGUCAGGUCAGCAAAUAGCUACACAUGUUACAGUUUUGCCGGAAUGGCUUAUUCACAGAAAGGACAUGAAAACGCACCAGAAAUAUCUGGCGUUAGGAUGGAAUGGAGACGGAUAGUUAAACACAUUUCUUGUCGCUCAGGAAACACAAGGUGAAGCUUUAAAAAGUUCAUCAGUGUUUCACCAUGGAAUUGAUGCUAAUGUUGUAAUCCCUAGAUGAAGAUGAAGUGGUCAAAUCAAAGAACCGGUGAAGUCAAUAAAUGGGCAAUUUGAUGCUGGAAAAUACUUUUUUACUACAACUUUAGUAGCAUAGUAAAUGAAGAUUACAAAGGGUAUCUUGAGUAGCCUCAUACUACAUUUUAUGGACUAUUGAAC